GCCAAAUGUCAAAACGUUGUCAAAAAUGACGCAACGAAAACAAAACCCUCUAAUACCACUUUUCCUAAUAUAAAACUUUGAAGAAGAAUUUCUUUUCAACAGUCAUAUUCCCAUAAAGUGCAUUUCAAACGAAAUAAAUAAUCCAUCAGUGCAACAAAAUUAUGCGAAGAACAUGAGCUGGUUCGAUGCAGGAGCCCUGGCUAACAUAGCCAAAUCCGCCCUAAAGGAAGCUCAGAAAACGAUUGAUAAAGCCCUGGAUAUUAAAGAAGAUAGUGAGAAUAUAGCCCCAACUAAUACCCCAAUAGAUACCAAUCCGGAUGAUUUUUUUGGUACAUGGGGCAUCACACAGUCAGGUCAUAUUUCUGAUCCCAAGAAGGAUGUAUUUAAUGAAGACAGCAAACAGGGAAAGACUGGAGCAAGUAUUUGGGGUAGUUUCACAGGUUCAUUUUUCAAUGACAAUGCUACUCCCAAGAAUACACACUCACACUCCAUAGAGAGUUUGGAUGACUCAAUAGAUUUGAAUAGUGAGAGGAAUUUCAGCAAAAGUAAGUUAGUGGUUGACCAUAGUGAAGAGGAACAUUUGGAAGAUGAAGGUGAGAAAAUUGAAGAGAAAUCAGUGGUAACUGAAGUGCUUGUAGACUCUUUAGUGGAAGUUGAUCUAAAAGAUAAAUCUUGCUUAGUAGAAACCUUAUGUCCAACUCCACAAUCUGAAGUAACCAUAAGGAAAAUUGCUGAUAAACAGCCAGUCACCAACAGGUUAUCAGUAGUCAGUUCAGAAGGCAGUAAAAAUAAUUCAGAAAGUAUUGACAUACUUACUGGGAGUACUGAGUGCACCACAACACCUGAGAGUGAUUUUGGAUUAAGUCCUAGCACUUCUAGCUCUGCUCAAGGGCUCAAAGUUAUGUCAGAAUCGGUGGAAAUUCUUGGAGACAGUCUGACAAGCCCCAGUUCAGUAGAAAUAAUUGGCUCAGACAGCACCAAUAGUAGAAGAGAAUCUCAACACACUGAUGGGUUUGCUUCUCCUCUAGAGUCACCUUGUGUUGAGGAGGUUUUGAGUACUUCUAUAGAAAAACUAUCCCCGGAGAGUGUGGAAGUUAUCCCCGAAGAGCAAGAGGAAAACAGUGUGGCAGAAGAUACCAUGUCAUAUACAUCUUUGUCAGAAAGUACUUCUGCUACAGUAUUAGAUAGUGCUUUUAAUAUACAUAAUGUUAAGCCUCAGAAGAUGUUAAAGGAUACUUAUAAUAGGCCUGAAUUUAGUGACACAAUUACAAGUGAAACUGGCUCAAUAAGUCCUGACAAAUCUUUUGGAGUUACUGAAGCCAUUACAAGGGCUCCUGUUCGCUCUAUGCAUUUGCCUUUACAGCAGGUUAGUCAUGCUAGUCCGGGCUUAAUAGACACCCAACCACAGUCUAGUAAACAGGAUUUACAAAAAAUGUUGGAAACUACUAAUAUUAUUGAUAUACCACAGGAGGAUGACGCUUCAAAGAGUUCAGGUUCAGAGACUCUACUAGACACAUCAACUGAUGACGGUUCCACGUCAGAUAGGACCCUAGUGGAAACCCAAGAAAAUGCCAUGGAAACUAGCAGCGACACCACCAGUAUCACCACAGAGACCAGCAGUAAUUCCGCGUAUUUAAAGAAAAUGCUAGCGGAUGCAAUGACUGAGAAAAGUUCGGAAAAGACUAAUAAAUCCCCCGAGGCGUCAGAUAAGGCGAGUUCAUUGGACAGUUUUGCAAUCUCGUCACAUAUUGAGGUGAUCCAUAGGGAAAACUCGCCUCUGAGUUCCGAAAAGUCUGAUUUGGUUAAAAUUGGCUCCGAUCAUACUUCUUGUCAUACUUCUUGUGAUGAGCUUGAAACGACCACCUCUUCGGAUAUCGAAAUUAUUUCGAGCCCAAACGGGGAUUCUAGCAGUACCCAGAGCCGACAGAGUCCAGCCAAAAAAACUGGGUAUAAAAAUAAAACAGAGGAGUCUACGGUAGACUCGUUGUUGCAAAAAAUCACGAUAAAGAAGGUUAAAGGGCAUAAUAGGGAGCUUUCGGAAGCAUCAAGUAUAAGUGAUGACUCCCAUCCAAAUGGGGAUAUAGAGCGAUUGUUAAAAAGAGUCGCUGAAAUGACUGAGAUUUUGGAAUCAAGGGAGACUAAACUGAUUGAUAUGAAUAGAAGAAAUGCUGAGCUACAAGAACAGAACUCAGACCUUAAGAUGCAAUUGGACUGUGUGCUGACCCAACAGUUGGAAAGUGCAGACGUAUCCCAAGUAACUGAAGAGUAUACCAGAAGGUUAUCAGCUUUAGAAAAGAAAUUCCAGCAAGCAAUAAGAGAGAAAGACUCCCUAAGAAAACAACUGGACCAAGCAAAACUCGAUGUGGCAGCCCGGUUAAGUAAAAACGAACUGGAAUCGGCGAUCUCCGAAAAGGAUGAAAUUAUCAAAGAACUUAGAGAAGAGGGUGAAAAAUUAUCAAAAACCCAAUUGCAACACUCCAAUAUUAUCAAAAAACUACGCGCUAAAGAAAAGGAAAAUGAAACCAUUAUCAAAAAUUUAAAAGAAAUGAAUGAGAGUCUCUCCAGUGAAACCGAGCGCCUAAAAAAAUCACUAUCGGCCAAAGAAGACGUGGAACGUACCCAAAUCGAGGCGGUGCACAAUUUAACAACGAAAAACAAAAAAUUAGAUACCGAAGUGUCUAAAUUGAAAAGUCAAUUGGAGGAUUUAACUCAAAAGUUCGAUACGACCAAGAAAUCGUUGGAGGCGGCCAAGAAGGAGCUGGUCGAUAAAAAUAAGACCAGUUCGGAACUUUUGGCGCGCCAACAGUUGUUAGAGAGCCUCGAAAAUGAGAAGAGAAUGACUGAGUCCCAGAACGAAGAGGUCAUAAACCAACUAGACGACUUAAGGCACCAGCUAAGCAAAACCGAGGAGUAUUUUAUAAAAAAGGAGCAAAAACUAAAACAGGAAAACCGCGAUCUGUUGCGACGCCUCGAGGAAGCUGAAAAUCGUAAUGAAGAACUUUCACAGGCAGAAAUGGAGAUUACUAAGCCACUAGUAAGGCAACUGGAAAGCUUGCAAGCCACAUAUAAUAUGAAAAUUUCAUCAUUUAACAAGAUUGAACAAGAGCUUAGCCUGAAAAUAAGUGAUCUUCAAACUAAGUUACAAGCCUCCUCAAGCCUAGAGAGGUCUGCGAAAGAGGAGUGUAUCAGUAUGAGGUCGAAAUUGGCAGAUUUAGAGGGCCAAUUAAAUACUGCAAAACACGAGCUUGAAAUGACCAGAAUGUUAUUGGAACAAACAAAGACGGGCUCGCAAAAAAUAGAACAAGAACUUAGAACUAGAGUGAAAACGUUGGAAUCAGCAAAAAACGAGGAAAUUCAAAAAUUAAACGACCUCGUACGGGAUAAGGAGAAGGAAAUUCAGAAUUUAAGGCAGCAGUUGACGGCAAACGUGCAAACUCGGUUGGUGGAAAGUGUUAUUAAAACUGAAAGUCCUGGGGCUGGAGACAGGAGUUCACCAAAUAACGGCAGUAACUCGCCGACCUUAAGUUUGGGGAAAGUUUCCGUUUCGGAAUCCCUUACCGGCAGCUUUUGGUCUCAAGAUGAACCAUUCGAAGUAGGCCACACAUCAAGAUACACAAACAUGUUUGAAAUGCAAAUGUUACAGUCGAACUUAAAACAAAAAGAAGGCGAAUUGCAACAACUCCAAUGGGAAUUAAACAGAAGGGAACAUGAAAGAUCCUUAUUAAAUGGCGAAAUAUCGACGCUAAUCAAUAGGGUAGAAGAGCUGGAAAAGGUGACAAAGGAACACGAGAAACUGAAAGAGGAAUUUUCUAAGGUACAGCAAGAAUACGAGACCUUGUGCCAACUGUAUGGGGAGAAGGUUGAAGAAAAUGAGGAACUGAAGCAGGACUUGUUAGACGUCAAAGAAAUUUAUAAGAGCCAGCUGGACGAGUUGUUGCGCCAACAGAGGGAAAAACAGUAAAUUUGAGGUAGUAAUUUUUACGAGAAUUUAAUUGCUGAAAUAGUUUGAUUUUUACAUAUGAAGUGGGUUUAUUCAAUUUUUGUUGCAAAAUAGAUUUUAUUGGGGUUUAAAAUUCAAAUAUUGCAUUAUUUUAUAUGCAGUAAAACUUUUUAUGGUCUUAUAGUUAACCGUAAACGCUGCUUAUCUUAAGGCCAACAAAUAUUAACUGGUUUACUAUUUACUUUAUUGGAAUUUAAUCUGUGAUAUAAAGAAUGUUUGAUAGUGCUUGUAUGAUUUUAAUUAUAUAUAUUUAUCAUUAUGGUGUAAGAAUAGCCACACAGUGUUAUUAAUAUAUUAAGCUAUUUGGAAGAUAUAUUAAAUUUACUUAUUUAGUAUGUCUAUAUACACAAUAAACGUUUAAAGAUGAGUUUA